AGCAAAGACCCCAAAAUGCCGUCUUUCCUCCAGAGGACUCUGGAGCGGUUGUCCUCCACGCAGUGCCUCAAGCUUCAGCCGGAGGAUGAGGAUGCGGCUCCGGUGGCUGUCAUCGCGCUUCAGAGGUAUUUAUCCGAGCAGCAGCACGACGGGCUGGACAGCUACAGCUACGACGUGACGGUCACAGACGGAGUCUGGAGGGCUAAGUGCGUCCUCCACCCGGGGCUAAACCACCUGGUGAGCAGCAACACCCUGAGGACCGGGGGCGGCAUCCACAUCACGCAGUGCUCGUUUGUUUACAACGAGCGGAGGCUGGGACACGGGUACAUGUGCGUGGAGAAGCUCAGGUGUGACGCGCGCAGGUCUGCCGUGCUGCAGGUGUUGACGCGUGACGUCAGCUCGCUGCCCAUGCUGGUCAAACACGGCAUGGAGAGGAGUGUGCUGCUGCAGAGUGAUGUGCCUCUUCAGGUGAGCCGCAAACAUUACCUGUCUCUGUGGAACAACGACGACCCGGAGGGAGACGUCUGGAGCUCAGGGUGUCCCUCAGCGGACACAGUGCUGGACGUGUCCAAGAUCACUCUUCUUCGCAGUCUGGAGUCGUCCUUCAGAAACACGUGGACACCUCUCCCUCUCCUGGUGAAGAUUAUACACAAAUCCAGAUUACGGUACUACGGGAAGUUUGGUCUGAAGAUUGAUUACCCGUACCAGGCAUACUUUGAAGUCGCUGAUCAGAGCGGGACGAUGUCCCUCGUGCUUUGGAACGAACUUUGUCCGGAGUUUUACCAGAGACUGAACGUGGGAACAGUGUUGUACCUCCAGAAUUACACCCUGAAGCAGAGUUACUCAAAGCGGUCACACCCACAAAUGGACCAUCACAGAAUGAAGACCUUUAAUUCUGUAGAAAUCUGCUUGAAUCCUCGCAAACCAGCUUCAGUCAUCACUGUGAUCUCACCAAAACGUGUACUGCCUCAGUGGGGACUGCCUGAUGUUUCCUACCAGUUCGCCACCAGGUCGGAGCUGGAAAAUUUAUCCAACAACGCUGCGUGUGAUGUCAUUGGUUUGGUAACAUUCGUCGGUCGCAUUGAGAGAGUCAAGAGUAAAGGGAACGUGGGUCCAGAAAAAUACUGGACGUAUCGCUGGAUCCACGCUGUGGAUGGAACAUCUGGCCACCCUUUCAUCCUGGAGGUUUUUUCUUCUUCUCAACCAGAAAUCUUCAAUCGUAUUUGCCCGAUGACCUACCUGGUGUGCACUCAGAUGAGAGUUUGUCAGGUGGAAGGCUCGUUGCCGUAUCUCACCAGCAGCUGCGAGACGGAGACAUUCAUCACAGGCUACCACAAAGGUCAGCCGUAUGUGAGUGACCCCAAAGUGAAGAGCUUCAUCCAGUGGACCAAAACUCUGAAGGACAACAUCGUCCUACAGAAGACUGCUGUCGGUGGCUAUUACUGCUACCCUCAUCCUCCAAAGAAAUAUACACAGUCGACAGCAGAUGCUUCACCUCAAGCUCCUCUGGUUGCUGUGGCUGACUUGAAGAGGGAGCUAGAGACCCUGCAGUACAGGGAGCAUAAAAAAGUCGCCAUUCAAGGACAGAUCACAGCAGUGCGCUACAUGAAAAGGCCAAAGGACACAGAGUCUCCACGGACAGGAGACAAAGAGGUUCCAGAUAUUUCUACUGAUGCACAAGCAAUAUCAGACACACACCGUGAUCCAACAACAGCCAAGCAGAUGUCCAGUUUAACACCUCCCUCAGCAAGCAAGAGGAAAAGGAGAAGAAUUCAAACACGGAGGGCUAGAGGGAAAAGUACAGUGGAAGGACAGGAAGAAGAAGAAGAAGAGUCGGAGUCUGAAUCUGAGGAGGCUCCGGAUGUGGAAAGUCGCCUACCACUUCAAAAUCAAGACUCUGACGUGUUAUCUUGGGAAAGCAGCAGCUGGACGAAGCAACGGCAAGAAUUGUCCGAACAUUUGUGUGAAGGCGGUCUGUACCAGGACAGUGUGUCUCGGAGGUUCACGUCCGACGAGAGGGACGUCCUCCUGCAGCUUGUUAACCUUCAGCCAACACGGUGGGCACCAACGCAAACCGGUGACACCGUCCCACCCAUGGUUUGGCCAGGAUACUACCAAGUAACGAUAUUAGGUAUAAAUAAGCAGAUAUCCGUCGACGCUGCGUAUUUUCCUGUCACGAGCUCGGACGAGCCCCGGGCUGUCAGCCUUCCUCAGGAUCCCCACGGUAACACGAUGCUGUCCUGCCUCUCGUCAAGCUUCCUCUGCCCUCUCAUUGAUGCCGCCAGCCACAGCGAAACAACACAUCCUGAGCCAGAGGAGGUUUUAGUGACCGCCAGCGAGCUGGAGGACACGCAUGUCGUCUGCAUCUUGGAUCUUUGUCAUCUGGGUGGAGAUAAGGUGGAAGUCCUGAUUAACAAAGUGUACAGAGUGACAGAGGUUUGCCUCGAUUUAGUCCUGUGAGAGUAUCUUGUAAUUACCACUAGCAGACAUUAAUCAUGGAAAAAUAAAUUUAUUUUUGGAUAGAAAGAGCAAAUAAGUCCACUCCUGGCUAAAUGUACAGUCCAUGUCAAUAAAUAUGAUUCAAUAAUGAUAAAAAUGUUCAGGAGUGUAUGUACUGUGAUUGACAGGUGUUGCUUAAGCUACAAAUAAAGUGUCAGUUUACUACA